CAAGUAGCAAAAAAGGGAGUGCCCAGAAAAAGCGAAAAAGUGGGAACAAGGCUGCGAUAAAACAUCCUCUCUCGCUUGUCUGAACUUUCCUCUUUCCUCUUUCCUCUCUCUCUCUGUCUUUGUGUGUCUAUGUAGGGAUUUGCGGAGUAGCAGCCACUCAUCUAAACCCACACCCUCCCUUCUUGACCUAAUGGAUUGAUCCUUUAGUUUCUCGGGCGAAAUUCUCAUCCUUCAGGGUUUCGAUCGCUGUUGUGGGUUUGAUAUCUUGCGAUCUUUUAGCUGGAUAUAUUAUUUGUCGAAUUUCGAGCUUGAAAUAUCGCUGAUUUUCUAUCAUGGAAGAUACUCAGUCAGUUGCUACACUGAUAGACAAUACUACCUCUAAGAUACAACAGCUUCAGAAAGCAUUUGCUGAACUUGAAAGCCACAGAGCUAUAACUCUUAAUUUGAAAUGGAAAGAACUUGAGGAACAUUUUCACGGGCUUGAGAAAUCCUUAAAGAGGCGUUUUCAUGAAUUGGAAGACCAAGAAAAGGAGUUUGAAACCAGAACAACCGAAGCCCAACGAUUGCUGGAGAAGCGGGAAGCAGCUAUAGUGGCCAAGGAACAAACAUCGCUGGAGAGGCUUCAACAGAAGAGAGAUGCUGCUGUAUUUGCCAUUACCGCCGCUCGAGAGAAGCAUAGGAAGGUAUCUUCUGAGGAACCGGCUGUCCGCACUGUUGUCUCCGUUGAGAGUCAAGUUGAGGAACCAAGUGUGGAAGACGCACCACAAGAAGUGAUAGCUUCUGAUGGUAACUUAGAGGGGAUGAAAAGUCCUGAAGAGAGGAUUGUAGAUGUAAAGUCUUAUCCCGAGUUAGUGAAAUUAUGCAAAGAGAUGAACUCAGAAGGGCUCCACAAAUUUAUAUCUGAUAACCGAAAGAAUCUUGCUGCUAUAAGAGAGGAAAUUCCAUUUGCAUUAAAAGCUGCAACCAACCCUGCGUGUUUUGUGUUAGACUCUUUGGAAGACUUUUACCGUGUGGAAGCUCCCAAUGUGGAUGGCAAGAAGGAUGCAAACCUCUUAGGUCUCCGCCGAACGUGUAUCAUGUUGAUGGAAUGUCUGAGCACAUUAUUGACAAGCUUGGAUUUGGUCUCUGCUUCUGAGAUAAUCACAGAAGAGGUUAAGGAGCAGGCAAAGUCAAUUGCUGAAGAAUGGAAGCCAAAGUUGGAUGCCCUUGAUCUGGAUGAUAGCAACGGGAACAAAUUAGAGGCUCAUGCAUUUCUGCAACUUCUGGAUACUUUUGGUAUUGCCUCUGAUUUUGAUGAAGAAGAAUUAUCCAGGCUAGUACCAAUGGUUUCUCGUCGUCGCCAAACGGCUGACUUGUGCCGUUCCCUUGGAUUAUCUGAGAAAAUGCCAGGCGUGAUUGAAGUACUGAUUAAUAGCGGAAGGCAAAUUGAUGCAGUCAACUUGGCUUUUGCAUUUGAACUCACAGAGCAGUUCGCUCCUGUGGCUUUACUGAAGUUCUACUUGAAGGAGGCUAGAAAAGUUUCUUCACCAGUUAAAGCUGGAAACACAUCUCCUACAGCAGGAGUUCAGAAUGAGGUGAACGAGCGAGAGCUAGCUGCUCUUAAGGCUGUGGUCAAGUGCAUUGAAGAUCAUAAACUUGAGGAUCAGUACCCUGUGGAUCCGCUCCAGAAGCGGGUCAUCCAGCUGGAGAAGGCCAAAGCAGACAAGAAAAGGGUGACCGAAGCUACAAAGCCUCAACCCAAGAGACCUCGAGCCAAUGGUGUCGGGCCUCGCAUCGCUAACGUUGCUGCUGACAAGACUUUUUAUCCUAGAGUUGCUGAUAAUAGGUAUCCGCAGUACAUGUAUGAAAGACCUUAUGUUUAUCCCGGACCAAAUGACAACCACUGCCCCACCCUCAUGGGUUCCGCAGCUUACAGUAUCUCUCCCGGGCAUGGCAACUACUUUGCAAAUGGCUACCAGUACCAGACUGCAUAUCUUCACUAAGUUAGUAAAGAUGGCCAUAAGGUGACACUAUGAUCCUCUCAUUUUAACGGUUAGUCUUAACCCUGCAGUUCGUUGAUGUUCCAGUGUAUGAAUGAAUUUAGUACUUAAGAAAAUGACCCAAAAAAAAGGGGAAAAAAAAAACUCUUGUUAAUUUGUUAGUUGAUGUACUAGAACAUAUUUUGAUCCUCUAAUAUAUGUACUUUUGUUUUUUUCUUUUGUAUA